CUGGGUGACCUUCAGGCCUAGGGCUGAGCCCUCUGCACCCUUAGCUUCCAGGAGGUGAGGGCGAGAGACCAGCUUCUGGUGACCAGGAGGGAGGGGUAACAGAAAGCCCCCCAGGACCUGAGCCCUGGGGACUGAGAGGGAGUCAAGAAGGGCUAGACAGGGGCUCUGGAUCCACAGGCUGCAGAGAGGACACGAGGUGGGGUGGGGGUGCCCGAGCCCCCUGCCCUGCUCCCUAUCGCCAGGGGCGGGUCCCUUAUCAAGCAGAGACAUCACUAUUUGGUAUCAAAUUCCAAAGUCUAAGUCAGGACCAUCUGCAGUGCCCCCGAUGACACCCGAUAGCACAGGUCCCUGGGUUCCUGGAUCCUGGCCACUUCUGGCCAGCACCCCGGCACCCUGUGCCCUGGGCCACCCUCAAGGUCUUCUUCCAGCUAGCACCAGUGAGGAAGCCGGCAGUGCCCCGACAUUGGACUAGACUCACCUAACAGUGACCUGAGGUCACUGUAGCCAUCCCCCUGUGGAUGGAGAAAAGGGGAGGUCACCAAAGCCAGCAGGGGGUGGGAAAGGAGGACAGUCGGCAAGGUCUCAGAUCAGGGGACCCCAAGACCUGGUGGGGCAGGGGGAGGAGAUGUGUCUGACCUGCUCUUCCCCCAGGAGAUCCCGGCUUGGGCCUGGGUCUGCCCCUGCCUGAAAUCCAUGCCGAAUUCCCUCACCAGUGGCCAGGUCCCCCCCACUACUCUGGACCUGGUUGGCCUGGUUAACCGGAGUCUGGGAAAUGCAGGUACCAGGAGCCCCACGGCCAAGGUCUCCGCCUGCCUCUGCCCACCCAUCAGGCCCUGUCCCAUUGCUCUGGGGACCUCUGGUUCUGCCCUGGUCUUGGAAGAGAGGGACACGGACCCCUGGGCCCUUCCUGAGCUGAAGGACACUGGCCAAUCCUGGAAAGAGCUCAGCUUGGCCGGCAGGGUGCUCCGGGUGGUCAUUGGCUUCCUCAAGGCCUGUGGGCUCCUGGGCAGCCUCUACCUCUUCAUCUGCUCCCUGGACAUCCUCAGCUCUGCCUUCCAGCUGCUGGGCAGCAAAGUGGCCGGAGACAUCUUCAAGGACAACAUGGUGUUGUCCAACCCUGUGGCUGGACUGGUCAUUGGUGUGCUGGUCACAGUUCUCGUGCAGAGCUCCAGCACGUCCUCCUCCAUUGUGGUCAGCAUGGUGGCCUCUAAGUUGCUGACCGUCCAGGCUUCGGUGCCCAUCAUCAUGGGCGUCAAUGUGGGCACGUCCAUCACCAGCACCCUGGUCUCAAUGGCACAGUCAGGGGACCGGGAUGAGUUUCGGAGGGCCUUCGGAGGCUCAGCCGUGCACAGCAUCUUCAACUGGCUCACAGUGCUGAUCUUGCUGCCACUGGAGAGUGCCAUGGCCCCACUGGAGAGGCUCAGCGCUCUAGCCCUGGGCACCACCAGCCUGCAGCCUGGGGGGCGUGCACCUGACAUCCUCAAGGUGCUGACGCAGCCACUCACACACCUUGUUGUGCAGCUGGAUGCCAAUGUGAUUACGGGAAGUGCCACAGGCAAUGCCACCAACAGCAGCCUCGUCAAGCGAUGGUGUGGCACCAGGGGGGAGAUGACCACGGGGAAUGGCAGCAACUGUGGAGUGGCCGCCUCCGACUCCUGCCCUGAGAGGAACAGCUCAGCCGCCCUGGAGCACCUGCCCUGUGAGGCCCGGCGCCUGCCCCUACCCCUGCCCACCCCACAAGCUGGCCACCACUCACCUGCCCCCACCCUGCCACCAGGCCACCACCUGUUCGCAGGAACGGCGCUCACGGACCUGGCCGUGGGCUUCAUCCUGCUGGCAGCUUCCCUGCUCGGGCUCUGCUCCUGCCUCGUCCUCCUCGUCAAGCUGCUCAACUCCGUGCUGCGCGGCCGUGUUGCCCAGGCCGUGAGGACUGUCAUCAACGCUGACUUCCCCUUCCCAUUCGGCUGGCUCAGCGGCUACCUGGCCAUCCUCGUGGGUGCCAGCCUGACCUUCAUGCUCCAGAGCAGCAGCGUCUUUACGGCCGCCAUUGUGCCGCUCAUGGGGGUGAGGGUGAUCAGCCUGGAGCGUGCGUACCCCCUCUUCCUGGGCUCUAACAUUGGCACCACCACCACGGCUCUGCUGGCGGCCCUAGCCAGCCCCGCAGACAUGCUGCUCAGCGCCGUCCAGGUCGCCCUCAUCCACUUCUUCUUCAACCUGGGCGGCAUCCUGCUGUGGUACGUGGUGCCUGUCCUGCGGCUGCCCAUUCCACUGGCCAAGCGCUUCGGGGACCUGACCGCCCAAUACCGCUGGGUGGCCAUUGCCUACCUGCUGCUCAGCUUCCUGCUGCUGCCACUGGCCACCUUUGGGCUCUCCCUGGCAGGCGGCACAGUGCUGGCUGCCGUUGGGGGGCCCCUGGCCGGGCUGGUGCUCUUCGUUGUCCUGAUCAACGUCCUGCAGCAGCACCGGCCAGCCUGGCUACCCCACCAUCUGCGGUCCUGGGCCUGGCUGCCCCUCUGGCUCCGGUCUCUGGAGCCCUGGGACCGCCUGGUGAGCCGCUGCUGCCCCUGCAGGGCCCGCAGCCCACCUCGGGCCACCGCCAAGGAGGCCCACUGCCACGAGAACCCUGAGGUGCUGGCCUCCCAGCAGUUGUGAGGGGUGGGCACCCCCGGGGACCCCCACAACCCUUGCCCACUGACCUCUGGGUACCCUGGGUGAUCCCUGUAGCAGUGGACUUCUGAGU